CGCGUCAAGCCCUCGGCUUUCUCCAUCACGCUCAACUCCCUGGUCUUCCCGAAAUUUGCACGCGGUUGCUUUGUGUCAUUCCCUUCUGACGAACGGGCUUUCCGCGAUUGUUUUCCAACAGCCUGCGAAACAUGCACGCGUGUUUAUUCCUGGCAGCCCUGCUUCUGUGCCUGGCAAGCGAGUCAUCUGCCAUCAGCUUUGAUUUGCCACCAGGGAAGGAGGAAUGCUUUUUCGAGGACGUUCACCAAGGGACAAACAUCAACGGCGCCUACGUCGUCACGCGCGGAGGCUCGCAUUUGGAUAUUGACGUCUCGAUCUUUAAUCCGGAUUCGACGCAGGUCUACAAUGCAAAGCGCGAAGGAGAGGACAAGUUUAUGCUCAAGGCUGACAAAGACGGCAUGUACAAGUUCUGCUUCAGCAAUUCGAUGAGUAUGGUGUCGCACAAGACUGUAAAACUUGUGAUUACGACAGGUGACCCUAUCGAUUUUUCCAAGCUGGCAAAGAAGGAAAGCAUGGAUGUCGUAGAGCGAUGGAUAGUGAGCAUCUCGAAAACCGUUCGCAUGAUUGACUUCCAUCAACAAGAAUAUAGAAACCUCCAUGAGCGUCACUUGUUUGCUGUGGCAUCGACAAAUCGCCGGGUCAAGUGGUGGUCGUUUUUGGAAUGCGUUGCCGUUAUGGUCGUGUCCGGUAUUCAAGUCAUGUUCAUUAAGAGAAUGUUUAACAAGAGCGCUCCCGGCAUCAAACGCAUGGUGUAGCGCCAAUUACCAUUAAACUUACUUGCAUAAACUUUCUCCUAGAGUUAGUAUCACUAAGGAGUUUGUUGUGCCAAAAGCGCAUGGAAUCUGGCUUCAACCGUUGUACAGUAUCUUUAUUUCGAUUCGCAAGUUUGCUUUGCAAGACUGUUAGCUUUUUCUCGAUAGUUUCGUAAGUUUCUUCGCGGGGGUAAUCCUCUUUCCUGUGGCUGCCCGCUUAAACCGUUCGAUCCCCCU